GAAUCCAAUGAUUUGUCGCAAGUGCUGAGGAGUGCAUCCACGGAAGAUAGAACAGUCAUACUGACCAUUCUUGAUGAAACAUUGGCAAGCCCAGGCUCUGUUCUUGAUCUCUUCCUAGAGAGCUUUCGAAUUGGACAAAAGACCCAACAGUUCUUGAAUCACAUAGUUGUUGUUGCUGUGGAUAAUCAAGCAUAUCAAUAUUGCAUUUCUAUACAUCCCCAUUGCUUCCAACUCACAUCAGUUACAUCCAAACUUGCAAAAAGAAAGGGAUCCACAAGCCCAGAUCACCUUACGCUAAAAAUAAUGAGAUUUGACCUUUUCCUUGAAGUGGUUAAACUAGGUUACAAUUUCGCUUUCACGGAAGCAGAUGUCAUGUGGCUUAGGAAUCCAUUUGAACAUUUCGACAAUGUUAAAACAAUAACACUUGCAUGUGGUUCCAAUCCACAAGGGGGUACCAGUACCAUGAUAGAUAAGGGACUCUUCUUCAUGAAAGCUGAUGAAAUAUCCUUUGAAUUCUUAAAAAUUUUGCGUUUUGAGAGGGUUCUAUUCCCCAACUAUCUAGACAAUUCGAUUUGUGAGAUGGUAACUCACAAGCUUAAAGGGUACAGUGUUAAACAACUGGACAAAACUUAUUUUGGUGGAUUUUGUGAGCCAAGUAAAAAUGUGAGCAAGGUUUAUACUAUGCAAUCAACCUGCUGCGACAAUGUAAAGAGUAAAGUCCAUGACCUCAGGCUUGUUCUUGAUGACUGGAUCAACUUCACAGCACAAGUGUCAACUAAUGCUAGUACGGGGACGUCCCCUUUUACAUGGAGAGCUCCGAAGAAAUGCGUGGGAUAAAAAAAAAAUGCGUAUGUCAAAAUUUAGUCCCAUGAAGUUGCCUCGUAGAUAGCAAAGUAAAAUGGAGAGGGUCUUAUUCCGUUUGCUUGUAACAUUAAUCACGAAGUCAACUUGAAAGG